AUGUUUGACGUCAUUGUUAUUGACGCCGGUCUCAGCGGUUUACAGGCCGCGUAUACGGCGCAACAGUCCGGGCUGUCGGUGGCGGUCGUCGAGGCCCGCAAUCGCGUCGGCGGCAAAGUAUGGAGUGUCCCUCUGGCAUCUGGUCGGGGAGUGGCCGAUCUGGGAGCGGCCUGGGUGAAUGACAAGAAGCAGCGUCGGAUUUGGUCUUACGCCAAACAGUUCGGUCUAGCAGCGCAAGCGCAGUCUCUGACGGGUCGUGCUGUGAUGCAGCUGAACGAAAAUGACCGACUCGAAUAUCCUUUUGGCAUCACCCCUGAUUUCUCCCCCGAAGAGAAAAGAAACCUCGAGUAUAUCCGGGACUACGUCCAGGCAGAAACGUUGAAGUCGGGUCUGCCACGAGGCGAUGACGACAAGCUCACUCUGGAUCAGUACGUCCGGAACCUGGGGGCGCUGCCCAAAACCAUUCAGAUGGUCAACUUGUGGUCUAAGGCGAUGCACGGGGUCGAGUCGACGCAGCAGUCGGCCGCGUUCUUCAUCGACUACUGUCGACGAAACACGGGCCUUUUGGCUGUCCGUGCUGACGACGAAACGGGCGGCAAUUAUCUCCGCUUCCAUGAGGGAGCACAGUCCAUUGCACAUGGUCUAGCGCGCUUAAUUGGCACCAGCCAGAUCCACCUUGACUCGCCGGUAAUCAGUAUCGAGGAUCACAAAACACAUAUCAGUGUGACUGCCGCAAGGGGCAGAGUGUUUGUGGGGAGGAAAUGCAUCCUCUCCAUUCCGAGCACCAUGUAUCGGGAGCUGAAUAUCUCGCCGGCCCUACCAUCUGCAGUGCAAACCGUCAGCCAAGCCACAUGCUUGGGAAAUUAUAACAAGGUGAUCGUGUGCUAUGACAAGCCAUGGUGGAAGGAGUUGGGAUAUAAUGGAUUUUUCAUGAGCUAUAAUGGAGGGCCGCUCACGCUCGGACGCGAUACCAGCGUGACCGAGAAACGCUUGUUUGCGCUGACCUGCUUUGUGCAAGGCGAUCAAGGCCUGGAGUGGACCAAGCUACCUCCCCAUGAGCGACGGGCCGCCGUCCUGCACCAGCUUGCAAAAAUCUUUGAUACGGAUCGAGAAUCGGAAUUGUACCGGCCGAUCGAGAUUUUCGAGCAAAUCUGGAAAUUUGAAGAGUUUAGUCGGGGCGCCUUGGUGCCAAUCACAGCCUUAGGGCAUCUCACAGAGUAUGCGGCAGUUUACGGCAGGCCCGCAGGAAACCUGCACUUCGUGGGCACAGAGUAUGCCCGUGAGUGGAAGGGCUACAUGGAAGGCGCCUUAUGCUCGGGCGAGGAGGGGGGAUGGGAGGUUGUCGAGUCUUUGAAGCAA